UCAUUUUGGCUUCUUUUUCCUCUCGACUGAUUUAGUAGUAAAAAUAUACAUGGCCGCCGCCGCCGCCGCUGCGAUGAACCUUUCAUCUCUCAGACUCGACUCGAAUUCCAUUCUAGCUCCUGAAAGAAGCUUCCGAAUCUCUGGAGGAAAUUAUAGCUCUCGCGUAUGUCUGAACCUUCGUCGGAAUAUCGCCGUAUGCGCCGUGAAAUCGCAGGCAACGGCAUCGGUAACUGAUCAGAACAGGGGGCUGAGUCAAAUCGAUUCUCUGAGUCAGGUAUCUGGUGUAUUGGGAUCUCAAUGGGGUGACGAAGGAAAGGGAAAACUCGUUGAUAUCCUGGCCAAGCAUUUUGAUAUUGUCGCUCGCUGUCAGGGUGGGGCUAAUGCUGGCCACACAAUCUACAAUUCAGAGGGAAAGAAGUUUGCUCUUCACCUUGUUCCUUCUGGUAUUCUCAAUGAAGAAACCCUAUGUGUAAUUGGUAAUGGGGUGGUUGUACAUUUACCUGGAUUGUUCAAAGAAAUUGAUGGUCUAGAAUCUAGUGGCGUUUCUUGCCAAGGGAGGAUCCUUGUUUCUGAUCGGGCUCAUCUGUUGUUUGAUUUUCAUCAAGUGGUUGAUGGCCUUAGAGAAGCUGAGUUGGCCAAAUCUUUCAUUGGCACUACCAAGCGAGGCAUUGGGCCGUGUUACUCGAGCAAAGUGAUUCGUAAUGGUAUUAGAGUUGGUGAUUUAAGGCAUAUGGACACUUUCCGUCAGAAGCUUGACAUUUUAAUGGCGGAUGCAGCUGCAAGAUUUCCAGGGUUUAAAUAUGAUCAAGAUGUGCUCACGGAAGAGUGUAAGAAGUAUGAGAAAUAUGCUGAGAGGUUAGAACCUUUCAUUGCUGAUACUGUCCAUGUCAUGAAUGAAUCCAUUGCCCAAAAUAAGAAGAUCCUAGUGGAAGGUGGUCAAGCAACCAUGCUGGACAUUGACUUCGGAACAUACCCCUUUGUGACUUCCUCUAGUCCAUCAGCUGGUGGAAUUUGUACUGGUCUUGGCAUUGCUCCUAGAGUUCUUGGUGAUCUCAUUGGCGUGGUAAAGGCAUACACUACAAGAGUUGGCUCAGGUCCUUUCCCCACUGAAAUAUUGGGGAAAGGUGGCGAUCUUCUUAGGUUUGCUGGUCAGGAGUUCGGCACAACUACUGGCCGUCCUCGCCGUUGUGGCUGGCUUGAUAUAGUUGCUCUUAAGUUCUGCAAUCAGAUUAAUGGAUUCUCUUCUCUAAAUCUGACUAAACUUGAUGUUUUGUCUGAUCUUCCUGAAAUCAAAUUGGGUGUAUCUUAUAAAUACCCUGAUGGCACUCCAAUCAAGUCAUUCCCUUCCGAUCUUCUCACCCUGGAGCAGUUACAGGUGGAGUAUGAAGUUAUGCCUGGAUGGAAUACUGAUAUUUCCGCUGUUAGACACUACUCGGAUCUUCCAAAGGCUGCACGGAACUAUGUUGAGAGAAUAGAAGAACUCGUUGGUAUCCCUAUUAAUUACAUAGGUGUUGGGCCAGGUCGUGAUGCCCUUAUUUACAAGUAGUGAUAUCCCUAUUUAUUAAUGAUUUGUCAGAGGAGGGUUUCUUGUGUACCUUAAGAAAAUUCACAUUGGUUGUUCCCUGUUGUUGCUGGGUACCCAUUUGAUAAUACUUUGGAAAACAGUAUGUGUUCUAGUUUUUAACUAAUUUUCCAGAAAACUAUGUUGAAGGUUUCUUUUGAUCUUCUUGAAACAUAGUCUUAGAGCUAAAAUGACCCAUUCUUAUUUUACUAGUA